AUGUACGCGGAAGAGGGGGUUGAGGAAAUCAGCCAGGAGGACUGCUGGGAUGUGAUCAAGGCCUUUUUCGAAGAAAAGGGCCUUGUGCGCCAGCAGAUCGACAGUUUCAAUGAGUUCAUGAGCAAUACUGUGCAGGAACUUGUGGAAGAAAGUCGUAGUCUCACACUGGAGCAAAGCGAUCAACACACUGGCCACGCUGAAGACAGGACACGUCGCUACGAGAUCGAGUUCGGCCAGAUUUACAUGAACAAGCCUCAACAGACGGAGGCGGAUGGUAGCACAGCACCGCUGUUUCCACAAGAGGCACGACAACGUAAUCUGACGUACUCGGCGGGUCUUCAUGUUGACGUGUCGCAAAAGGUCUUGAUCAAAGGCGAGGAGGACGAGUUGGACGAGAAUGGCGACCAACUGUGGGUGCCUGACCCAACGCGCGAUGAAAUUGUGGAUGAGAAGGUGUAUCUAGGCAAGGUGCCGAUAAUGUUGCACUCGCAUUUCUGUUGGCUGACCGAUUUGCCUGACGAGGGCAAGUACAGUUUGAAUGAGUGUCCCUUUGAUUCUGGUGGCUACUUUAUUAUUAAUGGUUCAGAAAAGGUGCUGAUUGCGCAGGAACGUAUGGCCGCCAACCACGUAUACGUCUUCUCCAAGGCUGCGCCGUCGCCCAUCACGCACUUGGCUGAGAUUCGUAGCGCGGUGGAGCGCGGUGGAAAGACGAUCAGCACGAUGCAAGUGAAGCUUUUCUCCCGCAACCGUGAGCGCAGUCUCAACAACACGAUCAAGGCUACGCUGCCGUACAUCCGAAAUGAUAUCCCGAUCGUGAUUGUGUUCCGUGCGCUGGGUGUAGUGCCCGAUCGUGAGGUACUGCAGCAUAUCUGCUACGACUUUAACGACACGCAGAUGUUGGAGAUGCUCAAGCCGUGUAUUGAAGAAGCGUUUGUGAUACAGGACCGUGAGGUAGCGCUGGACUUUAUUGGUCGUCGUGGUACCACGACUGGUCUGUCUCGCUUUAAGCGUACGACGUAUGCCCAGGAGAUUCUACAGAAGGAAAUGCUGCCUCACAUCUCCAUGUCAGAGGGCUCUAAUACCAAAAAAGCAUACUUCUUUGGAUACAUGGUGCAUCGCCUUCUCCUUGCUGCGCUGGACCGCCGCGAAAUUGAUGAUCGUGACCACUUUGGCAAGAAGCGUCUGGAUCUGGCUGGACCGCUGCUCAGUGGCCUUUUCCGUAUGCUCUUCCGCAAGGUCACGCGUGAUAUUUACCGUCAUCUGCAGCGCUGUGUGGAAGACCAGAAGGAGUUCCAUCUCCAAGCCGCUGUGCGUCAUGCUACGAUUACCAAUGGUCUGCGCUACUCGCUUGCUACGGGUAACUGGGGUGACCAAAAGAAGGCAAUGCAGUCCAAGGCAGGUGUGUCGCAGGUACUUAACCGCUACACCUUUGCUUCGACACUGUCGCAUCUGCGUCGCUGCAACACGCCUAUUGGCCGUGACGGUAAGAUUGCCAAGCCACGUCAGCUGCACAACACGCAUUGGGGUAUGGUGUGCCCUGCAGAGACGCCAGAAGGUCAAGCUUGUGGUCUAGUAAAGAACUUGAGCUUGAUGUCGAACAUUUCCGUGGGUACGCCUAGCGCGCCGAUUGUCGAAUUCUUGGAAGAGUUUGGUCUGAACAGCUUGGUGGACAUGCAAGCGGCUGAUCCUAAAGCGACCAAGGUCUUUGUCAAUGGCGUUUGGCUCGGUACGCACGACGACCCUGGCCAACUUGUUGAUACGCUUCGUGAUCUGCGUCGUAAGGACGAUAUCAGUCAUGAAGUAAGUGUCGUGCGUGAUAUCCGUGAAAAGGAGUUGCGUAUCUACACAGAUGCAGGCCGUAUGCUGCGCCCUCUGUUCAUUGUCGACCAGCAGGACAUGACAUUGCUUAUCAAGCGACACCAUGUGGAAGCGCUCAAUGACGAGUCUGGUGAAGGCUGGGACUGGACGCGCCUUGUCCAGUCAGGCGUGAUUGAGUAUCUCGAUACGGAAGAGGAGGAGACGGUACUGAUCUGUAUGAGUCCUACGGACUUGGAGCAGUCGCGCGAAUACAAAGCAUCGAACGGCCAUAUGCUGCCGGAUACGUCGGAUGCGACACGCCGCCUGCGUUCUGCGCAUACCUUUGCGCCAGAUAUAUGGACUCACUGUGAGAUUCAUCCUGCGAUGAUUCUGGGUGUGUGUGCCAGUAUCAUUCCCUUCCCAGACCACAACCAAUCGCCCCGUAACACCUAUCAAUCGGCUAUGGGCAAGCAAGCGAUGGGUGUGUUCUUGACCAACUACCAGAUUCGUAUGGAUACCAUGGCGAACAUUUUGUACUACCCGCAAAAGCCACUGGCCACGACGCGUGCCAUGGAGCAUCUGCGUUUCCGUGAACUGCCAGCUGGCCAGAAUGCCAUUGUGGCCAUCCUGUGCUACUCUGGCUACAACCAGGAAGAUUCCGUGAUUAUGAACCAGUCGGCCAUUGACCGAGGCUUGUUCCGCUCUCUGUACUACCGUACGUUCCAGGAUAUGGAGAAGAAGGUCGGUGUGAUUACCAUGGAAGAGUUUGAAAAGCCUACGCGCGAAACGGCGAUCCGCUUGAAGCAUGGCACGUACGAGAAGCUGGACAUUGAUGGUCUUGUACCGCCAGGUACGCGUGUAUCUGGUGAAGACAUUAUCAUUGGUAAGACGGCGCCGCUGCCGCCUGACAGCGAUGAGCUGGGCAUGCGCAGCAAGACCCAUACCAAGAAGGAUGUGAGUACGCCGAUGAAGAGUACCGAGAGUGGUAUUAUUGAUCAGGUGCUCAUUACGACCAACGGCGAGGGUGCGAAAUUCGUCAAAGUGCGUGUGCGUUCCACGCGUGUGCCGCAGGUGGGUGACAAGUUUGCCUCGCGUCACGGACAAAAAGGUACGAUCGGUAUUACGUACCGCCAGGAAGAUUUGCCGUUCACAGCGGAAGGCAUCACGCCUGACAUUAUCAUCAACCCACAUGCCAUUCCCAGUCGUAUGACUAUCGGUCACUUGGUCGAGUGUCUCUUGUCCAAGGUUGCGACAUUGUCUGGUCAAGAAGGUGAUGCUACGCCGUUUACGGACCUCACCGUGAAGGGUGUCAGUGACAUUCUCUUCUCCCUAGGCUACCAGUCACGUGGCUUGGAAGUCAUGUACAACGGUCACACAGGCCGCAAGUUGCAGGCGCAAGUGUACUUGGGCCCGACGUACUACCAGCGCCUGAAGCACAUGGUCGACGACAAGAUCCACAGUCGUGCGCGUGGUCCCGUGCAGAUCCUUACGCGUCAGCCCGUGGAAGGUCGUAGUCGCGAUGGUGGUCUGCGUUUCGGUGAGAUGGAGCGUGACUGUAUGAUUUCCCACGGUAUGGCCUACUUCCUCAAGGAGCGCAUGUACGAUACCAGUGAUGCGUACCGCCUGCAUAUCUGUGAUCUGUGUGGCUUGACGGCUGUUGCCAACCUGCGCAAGAGCACAUUCGAAUGUCGUGCAUGCCGCAACCGUUCUGCGAUCUCGCAAAUCCAUAUCCCCUAUGCGGCGAAGCUCCUCUUCCAAGAGCUGAUGAGCAUGGGCAUUGCGACGCGCUUGUACUAA